AUGGCUUUUGUCGCCGAGCCGAUUGCGCAUUCGGUGAGGGAAAGAUGUCCAGAAUGUUUGGUGGAAUUUGCUGGAUAUUAUGGACAGUGCAUCGUUUUCUUCGUAUUCACUUUCACCAAUUUGUUAUCACCCUGUAUUCUCCACUAUAUCGCUUAUUUCUGUGGUGCAAGUGCUUAUUCGGCGAUGCAAGCGACAAGUCAAACAUUUUCAAGAAAUACUUCGAUUAUUUGGAUGAUCGGUGGGACAAACAACUUUAUUAGCGCUCUAUUUAUGAUUCUAUCAUCCAACUUAUCAACAAGCAAAAAUGACUCUGUGACAACUACACCUGCUUCAAGAAAAGCUACUUAUCGAGACUUCUCGGAAUCAGAAAUUCGAAUUUUAACCCUUUUUAUGAUUGGUAUCACUUUUCUGGCAGUAAUCUUGGCUUUCUUGCUGCCAAACCGCAAGAUCAAAGACUCACUUUAUGAGAAAACGGAACAUGUUGAUUCAAUCAAGGCACAAUUAGUCAAACCAAGAGCCUUCGUUUGCUUAAUCAUUAGCGUUUUGUGCGGAAUCGUGGAUGGAGCGAUGAACAAUGUGCGAAUGACUGCCGCUGCAAGGGCCCUACCCACUCAGCCAGCAAUCGCUUUCUGUGUGGCCAAAUUUUAUCAGGCUGGCGCAACUUCAGCCUUCUUUUUCUUCAGCUCAUUUCUUAAAGUGUAUCAAAUUGUGGUAUCGUUUUUCUUAUUUGGC